GCGAUCCGAACUGAGGCUUUCGCAGCAAUGCAUUGACUCGAUAGCUCCUGGUCUGUCGGGCUUUCCUCAGAAGAAAGGCAGUAGCCACAGGGCAGUGACUUCCCCGUCUGAAUCGGCGUUGCCUGCACUGGAUGACAUUUCAUCUUCUUCAGCACCACGGUGCCUGUUUUCGCCUCGCAUCGCAUCUCUUCGUCUUUGCACCGCUUCCCAACGACAUUACUCUUGUUGCAUUCGUUCCAACAAUUAGCUUGCUCUCGCAUUCUCUUCGCAACCCCCCACGCCUGUUUUGUAUCCCUAUUCGACUCAUCAUUUCGUCUGUCAUCAUGCCGACCAUUCUCAGUCAUCGAUACCUGACCGCACUCUACGGUCUCUCACUUGCCACUCAGGCGCUUGCUCAGGAUGUGGAUGAGUGCGGCCUUACUUGCAUCGCCAAUGUUGAGGGCACCGACUGCACCCAAAGCGAGUGGCCAUGUCUGUGUGCCAACAGUAUGUACAUCGAGAGGAUGCACGACUGCACAGUAGCCUCCUGCAAUGCCUCCAGCCAGCAAAGUACGUCUUUCCCUGUAGCAGCCUUCCACCGAUCAACUCAAGGCUGACCCUUCUCAGAUACUUCUGAGGCCAUUGCACAGUUAUGUGCUGUAUUCAGUGUUACCUUGAGCCAUAGUCCCGAGGCCACC